AUGCUUCCCACUGUUACUCAGGAUUCGCCUCUCGCGGCCGCCAUCGCUACUGUCAUUCGACCAAAGCUGGUGGAAAUGGGCUGGAGCACGGACGAUGGUCAAGAGGGGGCGCUUAUUGAAUACAUUGUUCUCAUGCUCGUGAAUGGCAAGACCCAGGAGCAGCUUGCGACUGAACUUUCCAACGACUUUCUCGGACUAGACGAAGGCGACACACAGGCACUUGAGUUCUCAAGGUGGUUGUUUGGUCAGGUCGAGACUCUUGAUCAACAGAUCAACGGAGGCCCCAGUGAUUCCGCGACACAGCAAGUUCCUUCGUUCGAUGGAGGCUCAGGAAUUGAAGGAAAUGGCAUGGAUGCAGAGAUGGGCGAUGCGAGUGAUUCCAUACCCACAGGACCUAAAGCGAUGCGGAAUGGACGACAAGCCGGACGAGGCAGAAUGCUUAAUCAGAUCAACCGAAAUCUUGAUCGAAAUGCCGACGGAACUCUCCACCGAGUCCGCGGACAGCAAGGAAACGGGCGUAUCGGAGGCCCCGGUCGUGACCAAAUGAAGGGACCUCGUCGCGGAGGGGCCCGAAACAUGGGUGGAAUGCAAGGCAACAUGGGGGCGGGACCUAUGAUGCAAAUGAGCCCCCAGAACCAGAUGCAACUCAUGACAAUGUUGGAGGAGCAAGCGAGAAUGAUGUCUCAACUGAUGCCAGGUUUCGUCCCGCCCGCCGUGAAUCCAGCCUUCCAAAACGGAAAUCAGCAAGGCCGCUCACUGUUCGAUCGUGUGGAGCGCCAGGGUCAAGGUGGUGGACGGUUUAAUAAGCGCCAAAAUCAAAAGCCCCCAGGAGCCAGUGGUGAUAUGGAUACCGAAAUGGGCGGCGAGCAAAAUGAGGGCGGCCCCAACAGUGUCUGUCGCUUUAACCUUCGCUGUACUCGGAAAGACUGCCAAUUCGCUCACCAAUCUCCUGUCGCGCCCGAGGGCACUUCCGUUGAUGUUUCCGAUGUUUGCUCGUUCGGAGCCGCUUGCAAGAACACAAAGUGCACAGGUCGUCACCCAUCACCAGCGGUCAAGUCUGCACACCAAUCAGAGGAGAUGUGUAGAUUCUUCCCCCAUUGCACCAACCCCCAUUGCCAUUUCAAGCACCCCGACAUGCCACUUUGCCGCAACGGUGCCGACUGUACGACUGAAGGAUGCAAGUUCACGCAUCACCAGACUGCCUGCAAGUUCACCCCAUGCAUGAAUCCGAAUUGCCAAUACAAACAUGCCGAGGGCCAGCGUGGUUCCUUCCCCGACAAGGUAUGGAAGCCCAAGCAUGUCAGCGAACGCACAUUUGUGGAGGACGAGAAUAUGCCUGAGGAACUUAUCAAGCCCGAGACUACGGGAGAUAUUUCUCAAAACCAGGAGCUUACCACAUGA